AAGAUGUUAACAAUGAAAAGAGAAAUGACAGGUACAUUAUUUAAAUAGUUAAUUGUAGCAACACAUGGGGACGUUUAACGUUAUAUGUUUCAAAACCCCAAUACUUACUCUUUAAGGGUCAUUACAUGUGAAAACAACCUAUAAAUAUCUAGCAUGAUCAUCUUAACCUGUUCAUCUUAACCAGCUAAAUUGUUUAGAAAUCAACUGUACUUAGUGGUUUAGUCUCAAACCAAUAACUGUACUGUAGUGUUCAUGAUUAAGAUGUACUUGUGUUUGUGUGCUCAAAUAAAAUAGUGCAAUGGUUGAUUUGACAUGGAAUUCAGUAUGGUGGCAAUGUGUGUUCAGCAGAAGGCUAAAUCGAACAGAUAUUACAAUUAUUCUCUAUCUUAAAGAUUAGUGAAAAAUGUCUGCCAAGUACGGUCUCACAUUUUUUUAGAAUGUUCCUUAUGUAAAAAAAAAUAAAUUAAAUUUGCACUUUUGAAUAUUAAUACAGAAACACCUAGCAAUCCAUCUACCAAAUUUGUGCUAGUCACAAAACAAAACCAAUGUGAGUUUAGCAAAACUGUUCGUGUUUUUCAAGACAUGACCAAAAAAUAGCCUGUUGAUGGACAUUCAAACCAAGGAGGGGAGUGGCAAAGCUUCAUGCAUUCUUUUAUGUUUACCGACUAUUGAGUUACUUGUGAAUCCUGCAUAACGUAUGUAUACCGGAGAUUGUAUAGAUGAUACAAUCAACAAAAAUUACGCACCACGUUGUCUAUUUAACAAUACUUAAAACCAUUACUAAAUACAAAAGCGAUACUAAACCGCUCUCCGACACCAACUGGACUGGCGGGAGAUAUAGAAAAACAAAAAGACUUUGAUGUUGUUGUGUUUUUUUUUUAAUAUUAUUAUUAUUCAAUUAAAUGUGUUAUGUACAUUAUGUUAAAAUUAUGAUAUUUGUUAUGUCGUAACUGUGGACAGUAAAACGGGUUUUUAAUUAUUGUGUUGUUUGUUAAUAUAAAAUGACCAUGAGUUUUCGGAGCAGUGGGUGCCCCGGAAACUUUCAAUGUGGGGAUAUGUGCGCCACGGAACUGCUUUUUACACACGCCCACAUAUACAGAAUUCGUACACUUUCCUUGUUUACCUUCCAGAGAGUAUGGACAUGUUGCAGUGCGGUAGCGUAAGCCCUACAAGCGUGCGUGUAUGCAUGCUAAGUAUUAUGUAGCAGACACAGCGUUGUCUUUGCCUGUAUUUUUAUCAUCAGAAAACAAAGGGAGCCUCGUCUACAUAAAAAAAAAAAACAAAAAAAAAAAAAACUGUCUGCAGGAUGGAGUCCAGCAGAAUCACCAUGGAAUCCAAGGCAGCUGCUUCCAACAUGCUAAAUGCUCUCCAUUCUCUGUACCAGUUUGGUUACCUCUGUGACGUGACUGUCCAGACAGUGCAACAGGGGGUCCAUGAAGAGUUUUCUGCCCACAAAGCUGUAUUAGCUGCUUCCAGCAAUUAUUUCCGGGAACUUUUUGUCAGUGAAGAGCUGUCAGUUGCUAAAUCGCCCACAGUAACCUUGCUGGACAUCUAUACAGAAGACUUCACUAGCUUCCUUGAAUUUGUCUACACUGCAAGAGUGGAGAUCCAGCAAGAAAAGCUACAGAGGUUGAAAGAAGUGGCUGAGAAACUGGAAUGCAAAGAUCUGUUGGAGGUUUGCAGUGGUUUCACCGCCAGUGAGAGACAGGAAUCAAAGCUAGCAUCCUCAUCUACAGCAAUGACCUUGAGGAGUAAAAGCCCUUGGUUAGAUCAAACUUCUAAAAUAAAGUCCUCAGCUAUAAAGUUUAUGCUAUGUGACCAAACCCAAAAAAAGAGUAUGCAGCAGAUUAAACCAAAACCCAAACUCAGGAAAGAAGCACCUACAAAAGAGACAGGUGAGGAUGGUGCCUCUAGCAAUACUAAGACUUCUGUGACAAAGUCACCUGACCAGAAUCAAUCAAAGACAGAAGAAUCUAAGGAUGAGGAUGUGGAUAGUGAUGGUGGGGAUGCUGGUGAAUCUGAUCAAAAUAAAAAGGGCUGCAUAAAAUGGAUGACCCCCUUGGACUUGAACACCCGUAUAGUUAUAAGGAAGAUCCCUGAGGUAAAAGAAGAGGACUGUGAAGGGAACACCAGUCUACGAAGGUCCCUUAGGAAUGCCUCAAGUUGGCUGAAGGAGACUUAUAGCUGUGACAAAUGCAAUGAGACAUUUAAAACAGUGAACAAGUAUCAGGCACACAUGGGCAAAGAGCAUGGUAUUAAUGUUGUGGUCAAGUACAGCUGUGACUUGUGCACCCAGCUCUUUACUAACCAUCAAAACCUCAGGCAGCACACACUAACUGUCCACAAUGAUGAACGACGCUACUCUUGCAAGUUGUGUGACAAGAGGUUCAAACGCCAAAAGGACAUUAACGACCACAUCAGAAAUGUGCACGAGAAGAAACGGUCUCCGCAGGCUUGCCCCUAUUGUGAUAAGAUUAUCAGCUCUAAGGGUGGCCUUACAGUGCAUAUCCGAAUACACACAGGAGAAAAACCGUACAAAUGUCCGGACUGUCCAGCAAGCUUUGCCCAGAAGUCCUCUUUCAACACCCAUGUGAGAAAUAUGCACUUGUCUGGUAUAGAGAGGAAGCCUAGACCUGUAUACUGGAAGCUUGUUCCACCAAAUGAGGACUCUUUUUUUGACAAGGAAGUCAGUAGUAACGGUCCCACAUGUAACCCAUUGGAUGGAAACAACAUAAAAGCAAACUGCAGUAAAGAAAGGAAUAACGCUGAAGAGCAGAAACGCUUAUUGAACAAUGUAGGAAAAAAUAAUGUUGGGGAGAAGAGCAGCUUGCCUUUUAAUAAAGAAUCAAAUGAUAAAAAGCCAAUAAGCUCACCCAGUACAGAGAAACUGGAAAAUGAAGUUGAUGAAAAGGACGAGGUAGCAAAUGAUGCAGGGGAGCUGAAUGAAAGUGGUGUAAAGAGCGACGGAGGAAGCAACCAAGCAGAAGUUGAAGAAACAGAUGAGGAAGACGAAGAUGAAUAUGAAGCAGACGAUGCCUCCGGUGGUGAUGCUGAAUACGAGGAGGAGCUGAAGGAUGUGAAAGGCAGUCAAGAGAAAAGAAAAGGCAGGGGCACGAAACUAGGAGUCGGCAUGGUCCUCAAACCCAGAGGGGAGCGUUAUGUUAUCAAGUGCGAUAAGUGUGACAAGCAGUUCACCUUUCGGAAGAAAUUUGUGGCUCACUACGAAGAGGCACAUCAAUCCCUUCCAGACAAGUUCUACAAGUGCGACACCUGUGGCAAGGCGUUUGCCAACUACAGCUGCUGGAAGGAGCACCGAGCCUGUGUGCACUCCGAUGAGAGACAGUUUGCCUGCACCCUCUGCAAUGCAGCCUUUAAGCGAAAGCGGGAUGUCCGUGCGCAUUACCUACGCAGACAUGAGGGCCGAUACAAGCGUCCCCUGUGCUCCGUCUGCGGCAAGAUCCUGAGCUCCAGGACUGCCCUGGUGUUUCACAUGAGGACUCACACUGGAGAGAAGCCCUACCAGUGCUCUGUGUGCAACGGAAGGUUUGCCCAGCCAUCACAGCUGAAGCUUCACAUCAGGUCCCACACUGGAGAGAAGCCUUAUAUCUGUGAGGUGUGUGGCUCUUGUUUUUCUGGCAAAGGCAAAUUAGACAUUCACCGAAGGACACACACAGGCGAGCGGCUGUACAAAUGUGAUAUGUGUGAGAAGAACUUUUCCACUAAGCAAUACCUGAAGUGUCACAAGCGAUGUCACCUGGGAGCCAAGCCUUUCAAGUGUGAAGUCUGCGGGAAAACAUUUGGCCUUCGAGCAUCUUUAGCUCAGCACAGUAAGGUGCAUGCAGAAACCCGUCCAUAUUUCUGUGACCAGUGUGGGAAGACAUUCACCCAGCAGGGGGCUCUGCGACGUCAUCAGAGAAUUCAUACUGGGGAGAAGCCUUACAAAUGCAAAGCCUGUGACCGGACUUUCACUGACAUGUCCACUUUGAGAAGACAUGUUGCGGUUCAUGAUCGGAAAGCAGAUUGGAGAAGCUAUGCAAUUGAUCUCACUACCAAGAAAGAUCACAAUUGGUCCAAGAUAGAAACAUUAGGAGGGGCUUGUAUUGAUGAUAGUCCAGUGAAUCACGAUUUUACGGAUAUGCUUGAGCAAGCGCAUCAAGAACUGGAAAAACACAAAGUGAGAAAAGGGAGUGCGAUUCCCAAUGUUAAUUCUUAAAAUGCAUAACUAAGAAAGGGAUUUGUAAUGUUUGCGUGUUUAGUAUUUAGUUCAGUAAAAGUGUUUUAAUGGCACAUUUUUUUUCUACCCGAUUUACGUGCCCUCACCACCUUUCAGAAACAAACAUACAAACAUUGACGAAAUAAGUGCUGCCACUAUAUGAAUGUUUACAUAAAGGAUAUAGAGACUAAGGUGUCAUAAUGGUAUACAUUUUUUUAUGAUUCCCACUCAUUGCCUUCUAUGAGAAAGCAAUCAUGCAGCUUUAAAUCAAAACGCAAAAAAAAAAAGUAUAGAGUACUGUGUAUUGUAUAUAUAUGGCUGUACUGUAGAAACAUUUUUUUCUGCUGACAUAUGAAAACAUUACAGAACAAGAGCGUGAUAACAGUGCAAAUCAUGUCAAUUUACAUUUAAAUGUUUUUGUGUGUUAUAUAUAUAUAUAUAUAUAUAUAUAUAUAUAUAUAUAU